GCCCGCCAAGCCCCCCAACCUGGACGCCGCGCUGGCCCUGCUCCGCAAGGAGAUGGUUGGCCUCCGACAGCUGGACAUGUCCUUGCUCUGCCAACUCUAUAGCCUCUACGAGUCCAUUCAGGAAUAUAAGGGAGCGUGCCAGGCCGCCUCCAGCCCGGACUGCACCUACGCCCUGGAGAACGGCUUCUUCGAGGAGGAGGAGUACUUCCCGGAGCAGAACUCGCCCCACGAUGGCAGGGAGCGGGGACCUCCGAGGGACCUACCACUGCCUGUGUCCCCACUCUCCAGCACCGACUGGAUUCUCGAGUCCAUCUAGAAAGGGGUCUCUGCAGAGAGCCACUGCUGCUACCAGACCGCCAGCAUUUACUUCUCCUCUGAAGAAAGCUCAUCUGCACCUCCAUCAUGGGCGGGCACCGGGCGAUGGCCAGUGCGCCAGUUUAAUCUGGAGGAGCCAUGUGGCCGUGUGUUCUGAUGGCCGGAGCUUGUGCCUGGGUGGUCCAGCCACGUCCUCCGGUCCGUGGUACUCAGGUGCUUCUGCCAAGGAAGGAUCUUCCCCCAUCCUUCCCUGGGGAAGACCUUUCGGAGCGUUUUGCGCAAGGCCACUGUGACUGGUUACUUCCUUCCAGGUGGUGUACGGUUUGCCUUGUAGGAACUGCCUCCGGUUUGCAAUGUCCGGAAACUAACACUUUGCGGCUCCCCUUCCUCCAUGCAUUCGGCGGCCUUUCUUGCUUUCGUCUUGUGAGGGUUGAAGGCUCUUGGUUGGGCCUUAUUUACCUGUGAGCUGCACUGCCAACUGCCCAGGUGACUUGAUGAAAGCUUUUUACCAAAAAAGUAAACGUUUCAGGUCAUUCCCAUUGGCUGCAUUCUCUUAACCUGUCAAAACAACGCAUAGUCUUUGUCUAACUGAGGGAGGCGAGAGGGAGACGGUACAGAGAUGCGCCACUGUUGGGAGAGAGAACCCGGAGCAAGCUAACGUCUGUCACUCACUGAAAGGCAGCCAGCCUUUUGUUCUGAACAUAAGCUAGUAUAUUAGCGAUCCUGCCUCUUCCACUCAAAAACAACGAUCACCUUAAGCCUUAAUAUAUUUAUUAUAAUCCUUUAUGAGUGCUUUACACUUUGUAGGUUAAAAAUGAGGAUAAAAUGCUAACCUCUUUGACUAGA